AUGGGUUUUCGUUUGCCCUUGAUGAUGGUUUCUCAUGUCAAACAAAUUAUGAAACUGCAACCUCUUGCCAAAAACCGGUUAGCAGCAGCAACGGCAGAUGUUCCAAAAGGCUAUUUUGCGGUUUAUGUUGGGGAGAAUCAGAAGCAGCGGUUUGUGGUUCCGAUAUCUUACUUGAACCAUCCUUCGUUUCAGGACUUGUUAAGUCAGGCUGAGGAAGAGUUUGGGUUCGACCAUCCCAUGGGUGGUCUCACCAUUCCCUGCAAAAUAGCCAACUUCAUAGAACUCACUUCUCGCUUGCAGGUGAAUAACCUGUGA